AUGCAAGAUGGCGGCCGAGGCGUCACUUACAGGCUCGUAGCUUCUUUUCAUUUUAUCUUUGAAGGUGAAUGCUUUAAAGGUAUGAAUUUUGUUUGGUAAGAUUUGCGUAUAACCCCAUACAUUUAUUAUGCAUACAUGUUUCGACUCUAUUCUUAUUAAACUACUUGUGAGUAAGUAAGGCCUACGGUCUACUCCCCAUAUUAUAAACUCGAACGUACCUUCUAGGGAAAACGAAAAAGGUUUAAGUUAGCGGGAGUUCGAGUUAUCGGGAACUCGAAGCAAAUAACCAGAAAUAAGAAAAUGGGAUGGGGAAUGAAUGCAAGUAACAUGCACACUUCAAAACUUGAUUUAUACACAGCAGUGCUGGACACUGUAUUUAAACUGGACUGACAAAAAAGUAAAGACAAAGAAUACAUGGUUUUUAAAACAAUUUCAAUGUUUUGGACUGCAGUACACUUUUUUUUACUUGUCACGCAUGGUUGGAGUUAUGGACAGUAAAUUCAUAUAGUUCUCUGCAGCGAAACAAAAAAUUACUUAGAGUUAGUGGGAAAUUCGAGUUAUCGAGGGUUCGAGUAGGCUGAAUUUCAUCCGAUUACUUGGAGUCGUUAUUACUCCCUCAGUAACGUCUGAAUUGACCGGCCGUUAAUACCGUCCAGUGACGUCACUACUCCUUGAGCUUUGCUUUAAUUUAUGCAAAAAGUAAAACACGACUUUCAAGUGGCAAACCGAGAAAUAUCGUUUGGAAAUGUCUGCCUGAUAUAGAACUACUUUAUUUUUUUUGAUCGUAAUUCAUGUUUAACAUUCAUACUAUCAACUACAUGCAGGACAACUCCGAACUGGUUGUAUUCUAUAAUCAAACUCGGUCGCAAUCACACAAUGAAAUAAACACACACACAGAACACUAAGUUCAAAAACACAAUGAUUUGCUUUAAUUGAAAAGAAGCUAUUUGGUCCUUAUCGAAGGAAAAAAACAAGGAGACAAGAAAGAAGAGCUAACAGAAUCAUUACACUUGACGGUAAAAAUAGCAAGAAGGUCGAAUUAUAACUUUGAUCUUAGAAAACUUCGUGUAAACAAAAUCACCGGCCACCGAAACCACAAAGCGGCCCUAAAUGAAAAACCUACCGACUCUCCCCAAUGAUUCUUCAUUCGCAGUUCAAUUUAGCAUUUCUGUUUUGAAGACAAGGGCAAUUUUGCUGUUUAAGAUAAAGCUUAAGCGUAUCAAAAUGUUUGAACUAAAUGAAAGAAUGCCAGGGAUGCGAUCCGCUGAAUAUUUUAACAGAAAUGCUAAAUUGAACUAAAAUUUUCACAAUUAUACAUGAUUAUGCGAAUGUUUAGACAAUCAACCAAUCAAAAUCACUACCCAGUUUUCGGGUAGUGAGUGACGUCACUGGACGGCAUUAACGGCUGGUCGAUUCAGACGUUGUUGAGAGGAGAAAACAACUCGAAGCAAUCGGAUGAAUUUCAGGCUAGGGUUCGAGUUACCAAGGGUAAAAUUAUAGUAAAUGUAUGAGACAAAUCCAGGGUAAAUCGAUUCUGGUUCGAGUUAGCAAGGGUUCGAGUUUUCAGAUGCAGGAGUCGAAUGUAGUUAAUAUAACUGUUGUGGUUCAAAUUUUUCCUUGGCUGGAAAUUUUUCAAACCAGUUUAAUUUUUACUUUCCUUUGUCUAAAAUCAAUUACCAUAAUCAGAGACAAAGAAAAACAAAAAUUAAACUGGUUUGAAAAAUUUUAAACCAAGGAAAAAUUUAAACCACACAAUAACCACUAAGAGCUCAGGAUUUGUAACUCGUUAAAACGCUCUUGUGAAAAAAAAAUUGGUUGAAAAAUACAAAAGAAAUAUGAUAUGGGAUUUUUUAUAUGGAAAUGGUACCUUUUGUUUUGGUGUUACAUUAUUAUUAAUAUAUGGAUUGUAAAUAGAUUUUUACUAUUUUUUAUUCCAUGCUUAUGAUAUGUAAUUUUUUCAUUUUCUCCCCUUUUUUACAUUGUAAAGUGCCACGAGCUCAGGAUAUGAGCACUAUAUAAAUGAAGUUGUUAUUAUUAUUAUUAUCAAUCCUUGUUGUCUAGACCAAAAUUUUUACACUGGUAACAACCACAAUUUAGUUGUGGUUGUUACCAGUGUAAUUUUAUGUAGAGAUCUAAAUGUUGUAUAUAGGCUUCCUUAGUACCUGCAGGACUCCUAUCCAUGUAACCUUGCAAAUUAAGGAUCAUAUAUACUUUCCAUUACUUUAUAUUACUGUAAAUGAUAUAAGUACAGUGGAGACUGCCUGUUGACUACCUAGACUAGCUAAGCUCACUUCAAAAAACAAAGCAUUUUCCACCCUGAUUUUACCACUUUGAUUGCCAAUUCUUAUAUUUUCAAACUUAAUCUGUCCCGCAACCCUGUGAGCAGAUGCUACACUUUUCGUGAUAUAUUGCUAAAAACCAUCACAUGUUUUAUUCAUGCAUGUGGAAAUUUUCUUCCAUGAUUGACAAGCAUAAGGGUGCAAACUAUAAUUUGCAUCUUUUCAAUUAAAGAUGUGCUCAGUCUGAAAUGCUACAAUUUGUUUUGAGGUUAAUAGCUGUGGAUGCACAUGUUUGAAGCAAAAACUUGCUACAGAGUAUUAAACUAAAAAGGUUUUAUAUUCUUCUUCAUAGAGAGGGAAAGCAUUACUGAACACAGCACAACACGAAUGUCAAUAGGGUGGUCUGUACCCAUGCAGAUAGGCUUGAUUUCCGCUGCUCUCUUGAUCCUCCCGAACAGCAUCUGGUAAUCAAGCCUAAUGUGCAGACUCAAAAACAAAAUACAACCACUACAUUCUUAUGAAAAGCACCCCCUGGAAUGGAAAUUCCAGGGAGAUAGGGUGUCUAAAACAAAAGUGCCCACCGUGGAGGGUAUGGAUAUUAUUAUUCUGUAUUGCUGAACCUGAACCAUCUACUCCUAGGUCCGGCUUAUCUUUACUGCUCUUUGUCCAAAGUGGUCCUUGGAAGACUUCACAGUUCAUCUGACUUUUUUAAUUUUCUAAUUGCAGAGACGAGGAGAAAGGACUUCCUGGUUAUUGACUUGAUUGAGCCCCCAAAGAUGCUUUUAAUCUCUGGUUUGAAAUCUUUGCACACAAGCUUACGAGGCUUUGGGUUGUACCUGUCUGAGUUUCAAAAAUAUCCCUUGCGCUCUUUUCAAAAGUUAAGCAACUCUUACAGCAUAUCAAGGACACCAAAGCAAGUCUAUGGUGAAGCCAUGAAUCAUGGCAACAGCGUCCGCUUUGUAAAUCCUUCUUGCAAAUUCUUAACGUCUCAGUCCACAAACCAAUCUAGAUACGUCAGGAACUUGGAUAAGAAAAUAAGGGUACUAAAAACUGUAGAAGAACACCUGGAAUUGCUUAGGAAAUUUCACAAGUCUGUUUAUACUUCAGACAGAGUGGCUAUACUUUGUAGGAUUGCUAAGAUCACAGAAGGAGAUAAAAGAGAGAGGCUUGUGUUGGAAGUGGAAAGAAGGAAGUCUGAGCGAGGACAGUAUAGCGAAUACAUGGAUUCACUGGAGAGUAUUUCCAAAGGCAUCUCUAGAUGCAACGAAUGGCAUCUCGCUAAUUUGAUGUGGGCUUUAGGGAAAAUUCAUGAGAAACACCACAAACUUGUUGCAGUUUGCGAGAGGGAGAUUUUGUUACGUGGCAUCACUUCUUUUAACAAUGCUGAGAUUUGCCAGAUCAUAAAUGGCUGUAAAAACCUUAACUUGGUAUCCUCAGCCAUAUUUGCAAAAACAGAGGAAACUAUUUUAAAUGAAGACGCAAGCAUUCGUGACUUUGAAGUUUACGAACUAUCAGGAAUGUUGGCAUCAUAUUCUAAAACAGGCAACGGCUCGGCUAAACUGUUUAAUACAUUCUUAAAGGAAAUUUUGUCAAGAGACUUCUCAAAAAUUGGCUAUCGUGCUCUAGCGGAAUUUGUAUGGUCAUUCGCGAAGAGAGAUUUUGUCGCUGACAGUUUAUUUCACAAAGUUGAAGAGGAAAUAAUAAGACGAAGUAUAUCAGACUUGGACAGUGCUAGUUUUUCUAAAUUACUCUGGGCAUUCACCAAAGCGGGUUGUGGAAGUAAGCGUUUAUUCUACCAUCUGGAUAAUGAACUUGUCAACAGCGGUUUAAAUCAGUUUGACAGUGGCGUGCUGAUAGAAAUCCUUUGGUCUUUUACAAAACGAAAUGCGACAGACGCCAGAGUGUUUGCCCUUGUUGAAGAGGAAGUUUUACACCUCGGAGUUCAUAAGUUUAAAACACACCAGCUUGUACGGAUUCUCUUCUCGUUCGUCUCUGCUCAAAGACACAAUCCACUCUUGGCUUCAGAAAUUGAAAGUGAGUUAUGCCUGAGAGAUAUUCUUCAAUUUACCAGUGGCGAUUUAUGCCAAAUAGCCUGGUCCCUUGGAAAAGCUGGAAAGUCAGACAGUAAGCUCUUUGAUAUAAUUGAGGCACAAAUAUUUCAGCGUGGUCUACAGGAGCUUCCCUUAAAGGAAAGCCAUUUACUGAUGCUAAUGCAUGGAUUCAUUGAAGCCAAAAGAGGGACCAGGCGACUGUUUGAAUUUCUAACUCACUUUUUUACAAAAACAGAUUUCCGUUGUUUUAGAGAAAGUGAGAUUUGUGAGUGUGUUUGGUGUUUUUCUGAGGCGGGUUUUCAAUCAGGUGCACUUUUUGAUUCUUUGGAAAAAGAAAUCUUAAAUCGCGAUAAAUAUUUUUUUAGCAGCAGGCAGAUCGCCUUUAUAAAAGAGGGAUUCCAACGAGUUGGAAAAGGGAGCAGAGAACUUUUUGCAAUGUAA